AGCAGUAGUAGUAGUAGUAGUAGUAUUAGUAGUAGCAAAAGCAGCAUCAGCAGCAGUAAUGGUAGCGGUAGCAGUAUUACUAGUAGCACUACCAGCAGUAGCAAUAGCAGUAGUAGUAGUAGUAGUAGUAGUAAGUUUCUCUUCAUUUGCAAGCUCUGUCAAUAUCCUUCUAUCAAAAUCAAGAAGUUCUCCUCUGUCAAGUUUGAUCAGUCUCCCUUCAGCAAGUUCGAGCAUCUUCCCCACUUCAAGCUCAAACAGUUUCUCUCCAUUAAACCCGGGAACUUUCUGUUCUUCAAGUUCAAGUUGUUCUCCUCAAUCAGCGUCGAGCAAUCUCCCUUCAAGUUCUAUAAAUUCCUUUUCUUCAAGUUCGAGUAUAUCUUCUGCAUCAAACCCAAGCAGCUGUUUAUUACCAACUCAAGCAGUGUCCCUUCUUCAGGUUCAAUCCAUCUCUUUUCAAGUUCAAGUUUCUCACCAUCAAGAUCAAUCAGUUUCUCCUCUUCAAGUUCAGACGGUGUUCUUACAUCAUCUUCGAUCAGUUUACCUUCAAGCUUGAGAGGUGUAUCUUCUUCAAGUUUUAUUAGUUUCCUAUCAAAUUCGAACAACAUUUUGCUAACAAAUUCUAGCAUUUUCUUAAAAUCUCAUUCGAACUAUCUCUCUCUGCCAAAUUCCAACAGUUCUUCCUCAAAUGUGAUUGUUUUGCCAUUAAGUAGUUUCUCUAUAACAAGCUCGAGCAGAUUGUCAUCUUCAAGUAUUCUAUUGAAUGUAAGUUUGAGCACUUUAUCUUCAUUAAGUUCGAAGUGUUCCUCUUCUUCAAUAUCCAACAGUUAUCUCUUAUCUGGUCUAAUGGGUUUAUCAUCAAGACUGAACAAUGUCUCUUUGUCAAGCUCAAUUAAUUUUUCAUGUUCAAACGACUUUGCUUGUUCGAAUUCGAGGGAGAUUUCUCUAUCAGGAUCAAAUAGCUUCUCUUCAAGUCAGGCUAGUUUUCCUCUUUCAAGUUCAAGUAGUUUCACUUUAGAAUUGAGUAGCAUAACUUUGUCAAGUUCAUUUAGAGUCUUUUCAUCAACUUUGAAUUUUUUUUCUACAAGUUUGAGCAGUAUCUCUACUACAAAACCGUCAUCGAGUACCAGCGACACAGCGUCUAGUAGCACCUUGGACUGUAUCUGUGAGGGGAGCAGCUCAAGUAAGUGUGAGGAUCAGAAGUAUGUAGACUUCAAUGGAGAAAUGUAUGUAGGACGUAGAUUGUGUGAAGAGAGUAGUUAG